AUGGGUUGUGGAGAUGGGAACGGAGCUAAGGAAUUAGAUUUUGGGCUAUCUCAAACCAUGACAGACGGAGAGGUUUUGACUGUUGGUGAUAUUGGAGAUAUAACAAAACUUUCCUUUAUAUUGUCCGGCCCAUCCCUGAGAAGAGGAAUUAAACUUCACAAGCUUCAGCUAAAAGACCUGGAUACUAAACAAGAGUUGGGCUUCCAUACUGAAGCCCCAUAUCUGUUUGGAGAAGAUGGAUCUGAGACUGUGACUGAGCUAGCAGCAGUCAGGCCAGACAAGCCACCACUCAGGGAAGUCCUUUACUCGAUCAGUGUUCAUACGGGAACAUUGCCUGCAUCAGGGACUGAUGCAAAUGUAUUUAUUACAGUAUUUGGAGAGCAGGGAGAUUCCUGUAAAAGGCGACUAAGGCACUCGAAUUUUGAGAGAGGACAGGUUUGUAUUUCUGAAAUUAGAGUAGUAGACCUUGGACAGUUAAGCAAAGUCCUUGUUGAGCACCAUAACGUGGGUUAUGGAGCUGGAUGGUACCUGGACCAAAUUGUCAUCCAUGAAUCAGGCAAGACUGAGGACCAAUAUGUAUUUCUUUGCCAACAAUGGUUAGACAGUGGAGUUGGUGAUGCACAGAUGAAACGAACAUUGAAACUUCUUGGAAAAGUCGGGAAUGGAAUGUUGACAGGAAAGAUUUAUGGGACUUGGGAUGUCCUUGUUACAACUAGCAAUAUUUCUUCUAAUUGCAUGAACCCUAAAAUGUCUCUAACUGUAUGUGGUGAAAAAGGAAACUGUACUUCAGUGAUGUUCCCCAAAGGAUCCCUUAAAAAAGAACAGAUUUAUGAGACUUCUAUUGAACUAAGUAAGAAAUUUAAUACUAUAUUCAAAGUUCGCUUAGAAAUUGAAGAAGCUGGAGAAGGAGAAACUUGGCAUUGCCGUGAGGUAAAGCUUCAACAUAGAGAAAGUAAAAAUGUUCUAGAAUUUCCAUUUUGUCACAACUUUGCUGAUGAAGAAGGAGGAAGAGUGACUGAGCUUCCAGUUCUCACAGCAGGAUCUCCUUUUCCAGCAGUGAAAAGCUACGUUCUCUACGUCACCACGGGUGCUACCCCUGGGUCAGGAACAGAUGCAGAUGUAUAUGUCAUGCUGCAAGGCCCAUUGGGAGAUACUGGCAGAAGAAAGCUAAUCAGAAAAGGAGAUGACAAUUUCACUAAAGGAAAGGUGGAUGUUUUUCAAGUGGAAGCAGUAGAUGUUGGGAUUCUGCAAAGGAUGGUGGUUGAAAAAGGGAAAGGUUCUGACUGGCUUCUGGAGAAGAUUAUUGUGAAAGAAUCAGCAUCUUCAGGGACCGAAACAUUGUUUAUGGCUCGUACAUGGCUUAAAGACAGACAUGAUGGAAAAAGAAUUGCCUCAGUAGCUCUGAAUGCCACAGAAAUUCAGGAAAGGAAGAGCACUUCUGCCUGGCCUUUAGGAAAAGAACAAAUGAAUUCAGAAGGCAGAUGGAGGAUUUAUUUAACAAAACAUCAAGAAGAAACAAAAUCAGAAUUUGAAAAGUUGUCAGAAAAUAUAUCCAAAAUGGUUAUGGUUUUUUACGGAAGCAAAGGCAAGUCAAAUCCAGUUUCCAUGGAAAACAGAGUGGACCAUCAGAAUAAGAACCAAAUAACAUAUGAUAUACAUUUACCAUCUGAUUUGGGAAUGCUUUAUAAAGUGAGACUUGGUCUCCAGAGUUUGGAAAACAGCAUAUCCCAGUUGUCUCUUCAUCACUUUAAAAUACAGAACACAUCGACCCUGGAUACCUUUAGUCUCACCAUAAAUAAAACACUUUCUCUUUCUCUUAAUGGAGACAGAUGGAUUGAAUUCCCCAUACAGUGGCCAUUAAAAGAAGCACUUUCUGGUAGGUAUAAAUCUACUUCAAAGCAGUAGUCUGGUCCAGGAGGUUAACACAUCCUAGUAUUACAAUAGAAACCUUUAUCAAAACAGAAAUUUUUAUUGGUUUUAUUUAAUGAUUCAUAAAGGCUGGAUAAGAAUUUAAAAUGUAUGAA